UCUACAAUCGGUUCUGCUUCGAAUCAAUCGGAACAAGCUAAUAUCACAAAUUAUCAUCAUGGGAUCGCUGCUAUUUGUUGGCCUGAUGAUCGGGAACGCUUACAGCGGAGGCCUUUCCAGUAUCAUGACCAUCCCACGAUACGAACCCCCAAUUGAUACGGUUCUUGAGUUGGCGCAAAGCAACAUUCCCUGGGCAUCGACUCACGACGCGUGGAUCUUCUCGAUUCUGAUGGCAACUCAACCGACCAUUGUCAAAAUUCUGCAUAAUUUUCAAACUCAUCCAAAGGAGAUCCUAAAUCAGCACACCAAACAGCUCGAUUUGGCCUACAGCGUGGAACGAUUGCCAUACAGUCACUUUGCAAUCGGUGAAUACAUCGAUGAGGAAGCCUCGCACAAAUUCCACCUUAUGAUAGAGGAUAUCUAUUGGGAAAACUGCGUAGCCAUGUCCACCAAGACUUGGCCGAUGAUGGAACAGCUGGAUCAGUUGAUACUGACGAUAUUUCAAAGCGGAAUACAGCGCUACUGGGAACUGCAGGUGGUGUCGAAGUUCGAGAACAACAAGAUACAGCUGACCAUUGCCACUUCGCGCCAUCGGAAUAACGCUGGACCAAUUAAAUUGCAGCCAUCUCAUCUGCUGGGUGCGUUCCUGAUGCUUGGCUUCGGAUUGGCCGCUGGGUUGGUGGCAUUUCUGGCCGAGCUUUUGAUGGGAAAACUGUACCUAAUGAAAGUCGCGCGUUGGAAUGCUUCCUAUGAGGGAAUGCAAUACGUGAGUAGUCGGUCAGCGUAG